UUCUUAGAAAAACACUAGCGUCUGAGAAUCAAAAUGAUAGAACCUCCUAUUUCAAAGCUAAUUAUCAUAUUUCUUCUUUGUAAAUUCUCUAGUUUAAUCUGAAAAAUAAAGAUUUUUAAAAAUUUGCAGGCAUGCCUUGUCUGUUCCAUCUAAAAAACAACCUUUUCGAUGUUUUUCCAAAGUAAAAUUAGUGUGUUUGAAGCCUGAAAGUCCUCGUUGACCGUUGUUCAAUGAUACGUGAUAAGUGUUGUUAAAACAAUGGCUAUAAGAAUGCAAGACUGCAGAUCAAUGUGUGAACCAUGCCAAUGUCCACGUUGCCGGUUUGAAAUGCAUAUGUCCAGUCCCCUGAUGAAUUGCCAAGAAAAGUGCACCCCCUCCGCAAAAUGCUGCAACAUGGGUGGUUUGCCGAAGGAGAAUCAACCGUCAUUUGACAAUUGUCAACGACCUUGCUGGCCGAAGAGAUUAGUUCCUCAGGAAGUUUCUCAGAAUUUCCACCAGGGAAACCCUCAGAAACUUCCCCAAGAACUUCCUCCAAAUCGGAAUUGCCAGCCUCUUAGAAAAAUGAUCUAUGGGCAGCAUUCUCCUGGGCAAGCUAACCAGGAAUAUCGGCAGCAAAUUCCACAGCAAACUUCCCAGCAAUUUUCACAGCAAUCUCCUCGAAAGUGUUGUUACCAGGUGCCUACUCAAAACUUAGGUCAACAAUCUCCGCGAAACUAUUUACAGCGACCUCCUGGAAUCUUGUUCCAAAAACAUCCUAUAAAUAUAUACCAAGAAGAUUUUGAAGACGAUCAUUACAAUGGAAUGAGAAGAAGACCCUGCUACUGUGUAACCCAUGAAAUGGGCGUUCAAACGGAUGAGACGGAGUGUAAGAGCACAAAAGACCAGAUCCAGUCACCAACUUCCGAGGAGGAUAAAGAUUCAUCGGUUGAAUAUAUAGCGGUCACCGAACUUACGACAAAGGAAGUGGAGGUGAAGCAUAAGACCGGCGCAAAGGACAUUUACACGGAACGAAUUCAGUCCGUCACCCAUUUCCCAACCGGGGCCCGUGAACGCAUCGCAGAGACUCCGACUGGAAAAAAGUUACAGGAGGAAAAACAAGAAAAUACUAUCAUUAAAGACGAGUCCAAAGAAGAUAACAUGACACCCCUUCGAACGCUGCGCCAGUCGGAGUUGGAGUCCAUGGUGGAGUCUGCAAAGGCGGAAGUUCCCAAAGCCGAUUCUAAAGCUGAAACGGGGGAACUGCUCUACCACCAAUAUGAGACCUUUGAGCGUGAUUUUGGUGACACUAAGGAGACUGUGAGGAGAUCCACUAAGAAGGGCAGAAGUGCGCCGGGAUCACCAGCAUCGCGCUUAUCGAAGACUCGUACACCCACUCCCCGAUCAGCUACUUCCCGAUCACCUACUUCCCGAUCAGCUACCCCCCGAACAGCUACCCCCCGAUCAGCUACCCCCCGAUCACCCAUUUCACUUACACCCUCUCGAGGAACUCCGUCUUCCCAUAAGUCCAUUUACCGCACACCCAGGGAAGACAUGAGCCGCUCUGAAUCCGGAAGGGAUAUCAGUCCACCAUUGUCGCCCCAAAGCAGCGCUACGAAGUCUGAACAAAACACCUCUAUUGCCAACAAUGAUGAUGCAAGCAAACCCUUUGUCAUGUUAAGUAGUGACAAUUGGGACGAUAAAGAUGAGGUAAUGACACCUGAGGUGCCAAAAGAAGAGAAGAGAUUACCCUCUGAAUACGACAAUGUGAGCACCGUGCACGUGAGGGUUACCAAUAGAAAGGAGGCUUCUGUAAAAAGACCCAAUGGCAAGAAAUCAAAUGACAAAAUUACUGCGGUCUUCGAGAGCCGAGUUUCCCAGGUGCUUUUAAAGGAACAGGGUGAGAAGAAACCAGGUGGGAAGAACCCCACUGAGAAGAACGAGCAACCGAAGCAUCCGAGUGAGAAGAAACCGUCUGAGAGAAAACCAGAAGAAAAGAAACCCGGUGCCAAUAAGCCAGAAAAAAAGAAAUCGAAGAGCUUUCCCCCGCCUAAAAUGGAGAUGAAGCAGGGCUAUCCAUCAAACGAUUUGGUCUGCAGAUUUGCAAAUCCCCUAAAGUGCAGACCCACCUGCAGGAGCUUCAGAUUUCCCUGUUCGCCGUCCAAUCCUUUCAAAUCCUUCAACUCUUUUAACUCCUUCAACUCCUUUAAGCAUUGUCCUUCCCGUUCUCCCAGCACAAGACAAUAUGAUCCCAUCUAUGGCUUUGGCAGCAAGUGUAUCGCUUACUAUUGUCGAUAAUACCAACAAAAAUGUAAAACUGUCUUAUCAACUUAUGCAUACUAA